CUUUCCCUAAUACAAAUCACAAUAAAUAUGAUUUUUCGUUGCGGAUUUUAUUAUAUAAUAAGUUCCUCUCUCAAUUUCUUCUUCCUUGCAUUUUUCUAGAACAAUGAAUAAUCUAAUGAGGAAAGAGUCCAAACACAUUAUUCUCAAUUUAAUGAUAUUUCUCCUAAUCUUCUUCUUAUCAACCGUCUCUUCAUCUUACUCACCACACGAAACGCAGCGUUUUACCACCUCCUCCGAUGACAUCACUGACCUCGUCGUCGCCGCGAUAAACCAAACCAUCUCAAAGGUCAAUCUCUCUUCCUCCAACUUCUCCUACCUCCUAAACCGUCUAGGCUCUAGCCUUAGCCACCGCGAGCGCUGUGCAUUCGAUGACUGUCUCGAGCUACUCGACGACACCGUCUUUGAUCUCACCACCGCGAUAUCCGAGCUCCGAUCUCAUUCUCCUGAGAUCCAUAACGUCAAAAUGUUUCUCAGCGCCACGUUGACAAAUACACGAACGUGUCUCGAUGGUUUUGCUUCUAACGACGAGGUAGAGGAUGAGAAUUGGAACUAUAAUAAUAACAAGACGUAUGGAGUGGCUGAGAGCUUGAAGGAGAGUCUAUUCAAUAUCUCUAGCCACGUCAAGAACUCGUUAGCUAUGCUAGAGGAUAUUCCAGGGAAUAUUCCGGGGAAACUAGAGGAGGACGUUGCGUUUCCGAUGUGGGUCUCGGGGAGUGACCGGAACCUACUUCAAGAUCCGGUGGAUGAGAGUAAGGUUGAUCUCGUGGUGGCUCAAAAUGGUACCGGAAACUACACAACCAUUGGCGAGGCCCUAUCCGCCGCUCCCAACUCAAGCGAAACAAGGUUUGUGAUAUAUAUAAAAUGUGGGGUAUAUCUCGAAAACAUAGAAAUAGCGAGGGAGAAGACAAUGAUAAUGUUUGUCGGAGAUGGAAUCGGACAGACAGUAAUAAAAGCUAACCGCAGCUAUGCAGAUGGAUGGACAGCAUUUCACUCUGCCACCGUUGGCGUGAGAGGUAGUGGCUUCAUAGCUAAGGACUUAUCAUUCGUGAAUGAUGCCGGACGAACUAGAUACCAGGCUGUGGCAUUACGAAGCAGUUCUGACCACUCUGCCUUCUACCGAUGCAGCUUUGAGAGCUACCAAGACACCAUUUAUGCCCAUUCACACAAACAGUUUUAUCGAGAAUGUGACAUAUAUGGCACGGUCGAUUUUAUAUUUGGUGAUGCAUCGGUUGUGUUCCAGAAUUGUAGUCUCUUUGCUCGUAGGCCAAAUCCUAACCAGAGAAUCAUAUAUACCGCUCAAGGCCGGGAAGACUCACGUCAACCAACGGGUAUUUCUAUAAUCAAUUCCAAGAUUUUGGCUGCACCCGAGUUGAUCCCUGUGCAAGCCAACUUCAAAGCCUAUUUAGGUCGUCCGUGGCAGCUAUUUUCUAGGACGGUUAUCAUGAAAUCAUUUAUCGACGAUCUUAUUGAUCCUGCUGGAUGGUUGAAGUGGAAAGGUGAUUUUGCACUUGAAACCUUAUUUUAUGGAGAGUACAUGAACGAAGGGCCGGGGUCGAACUUGACAAACCGGGUCCAAUGGCCCGGUUUUAAGCGUAUCGAAACCGAGGAGGAGGCAGCUGAAUUCUCUGUUGGUCCAUUCAUCGAAGGUAACAAAUGGCUUAAUUCUACCGGAAUUCCUUAUACUCUUGAUAUCUGAUAUAAUCACUAAUAUUUUGGUAAUUAGAUCAGUAUUACCAAUAUAGGUUUUCUUUUAUACAUCGUCACAACUUUGCACAUAUAACAUUUUAAGUAUGGAAUAAAGACAUUAGACAUUUGAUCACAA